GCCAGAAUGAAAUGUAGUUCAACAACAGUGAAUAACUGCCAGAAACAUUUGACAAGAACAGAGUCAAGCGACAACACUUCACCAUAAUGGAAACUCCUGACAUGUCCUCACUGAAACUGUCUAGGCCCGAGCUGAUAGACUUUGAGGGCAUUUCUAUGAUCCACUACUUCACUGACAACUGGGAAAACGUGAAGAACUUCAAGGCAAGACCAGAUGACAUUCUAAUUGCCACUUACCCCAAAGCAGGUACCACUUGGGUUUCUUAUAUAUUGGACCUUCUGUAUUUUGGUAAAGAUGCUCCAGAACGGCAGACUUCACAGCCUAUCUACACGAGGGUGCCAUUCAUGGAGUCCUGCUUUCAAGUUAUUCCAUCAGGGACAGACCUGGCUGAUAAUCUGACGACUUCUCCCCGCCUCAUCAAAACUCAUUUACCUGUUCAGUUUGUGCCUAAGUCCUUCUGGGAGCAGAACUCAAGGGUGGUGUAUGUAGCCCGUAAUGCAAAAGACAAUGCAGUUUCUUAUUUUCAUUUUGAUCGAAUGAACAUGGCACAGCCUGAACCGGGAGACUGGAACAACUUUUUAGAGAAAUUUAUGGAAGGCAAAAAUGUGUUUGGUCCGUGGUAUGACCAUGUCAGCGGAUGGUGGGAGAAGAAACAGACAUAUUCUAACUUACUGUACUUGUUCUACGAGGAUUUGGUUGAAGACACAGGACGUGAAGUGGAACGCUUGUGCUCCUUUUUGGGAUUAUCAACUUCACCUGAAGAGAGAGAGAAAAUAACAAAAGGAGUUCAUUUUGAUGCUAUGAAAAACAACAAGAUGACCAAUUAUUCCACACUCCCUGUCAUGGACUUCAAAAUCUCACCCUUUAUGCGGAAAGGUAAAGUUGGAGACUGGAAAAAUCACUUUACUAUGGCACAAAAUGAACAGUUUGAUGAAGUCUACAAACAAAAGAUGAAGAACACCACUGUCAAGUUUCGGACUGAACUUUAAAGUUUGUGUUCUGGAUGUUGCUCGAUUUUAGUGACUAAAUCAUUCAUCUGACAAUAGGAACAUCUUUACAGUAUGAUUAAUGGAAAUUAAUGCAAGGUUGCAUCACUGGAUAAAACUGUCAGUCGUUCAACAUUUCUAUCAUUAAAGAGUUAUGACACAUACACACAUACAUUGUGUGUUGCACCCUUUUACCGAAAGCAUCCUGCUGAAGACGUGAACAGGAACACUGUAGUUUUUUAUUUGAUUGGUCACCUUCGACUCUGUAAACAGUAACUCCCGCCUUCUUUCAUUUGAUUUGCCACCUCAGCUAUUGUUACAUUGAGGAGCACUGUUGUGUUGUAAAAUGUAUGCAGCAGCAAAGUACAGUUACGCUAUUAGGCAAUUAUUUCACAAAUUUUAUUAUACACCACGUAAAAAUGACAGAUUCGGCCUUGCGUGAGAAAACGAAUGUGAGAGCAUGAGAACAGAGUCAAUUGCGUGAGGCUGGCAGCCCUGUUUAGCAACUAGUUAGCAACUGCCAUUUUCAAGAGACAAUAAAGCUUUAAAAAAUCACGAGCGAGUUAUAACAGUCAAUAUUUAGAGGUUUUGUUAACCACAGACUUUAUUUCAGACGUUUAACCAAAAACCAUGUUCCAUGUUUCAAUGACUUUCAUGAGCUGCCCAUCCAUAGAAUUAGCCAGUGUCUUGAUUGGUUUCUGAUUAAUUUUAGCUGAAGGAGUCACCACAGCCUCCCAGAUGUUGUUCAAAGAUGUGCACUGUUUUCCCACACUGUAAAUCUCACACCUGAGAAGGGCCCACAAAUUCUCAACUGGGUUCGACUU